AUAAAACAAUAUUGUAUAACCCGAAAUGUUAGCUUGCUGAGAGGUUAAUUGAUACACACCAAGAUUUUCUGUUGUCCACUUGUUAAUUUAUUUUGCAAAUGGAUAAAGGCUGCGAAAAUCUAACUGAGUAUAUUUUAAUUAAUUACAGAUGGGUGUUUGUUUGUUUGUUCCUGCUACCGGUAUCUUUCUUUUAUGACCUGUGGUUAUAUUUGAGGAACUGGCUGGUGUUUCAAUUGACUAGUGCUCCAAAACAACACAACAAAAAAGUGAGAGAUGUCCAAAGACAGGUGCGAGGAUGGAUAAAAAAUGGAAAGAAAUCUCAAAUGUGCACAGCCCGACCAGGCUGGCAAACUAUGUGUUUCAGACAAGGCAGAUACAAAAAUACCAUGAAAAACAUUAAAAUAGAUCUGGUCGAUAUCCUGGAAGUCGAUACAGAAAGACAGGUUGUUCGUGUAGAACCUCUAGUCAGCAUGGGCCAACUAACUGCCACAUUAAAUCCUCUUGGCUGGACAAUUCCUGUGUUGCCAGAAAUCGAUGAUUUAACUGUAGGCGGUCUAGUGAUGGGCACCGGCAUCGAAUCCAGCUCACAUCGAUACGGAUUGUUCCAACACAUCUGUUUAUCGUACGAACUGGUCCUAUGCGAUGGCAGUGUGGUCAAGUGUUCCAAGGAUGAAAACCCAGACUUAUUUUACGCUGUGCCAUGGUCCUAUGGCACACUAGGAUUUCUGACAGCUGCAGAAAUAAAGCUUGUACCAGCAAAACGCUUUGUUAAAUUGACGUAUAAGCCUGUCAAAGGACCCGACAAUAUAGCGAAUGCAUUUGAGAGAGCUAGUAGAGACUUAAAGAAUGAGUUUGUAGAAGGUUUAUGCUAUAGCGAAAAUGAGGCGGUUAUUAUGACAGGAGUACAAGUAGACCAAACAGAACCUGAGAAAUUGAACGAAAUAGGAAAAUGGUACAAACCAUGGUUUUUCGUCCACGUGAGAGACAUGCUAAAAAGAAACGAAUCUAUUAUUGAGUACAUCCCUUUAAGAGAUUAUUACCACAGGCAUACCAGGUCGAUAUUUUGGGAGUUACAGGAUAUAAUUCCUUUUGGAAACAACGUCUUCUUCAGAUAUCUUUUUGGUUGGAUGGUGCCACCAAAAGUCUCACUUCUCAAACUCACACAAACCGAAGCUAUCAAGAAGUUAUACGAAAACAACCACGUCCUUCAAGACAUGCUGGUUCCAAUCAGAACACUGAAAGACAGCUUAAAAGUAUUUAAAGAAACUUUUGAUAUAUAUCCGAUAUGGUUGUGUCCAUUUAUACUACCGAAUAAUCCUGGUAUGGUUCAACCCAAAAAUGAGACAGACGAUAAGUUAUACGUUGAUAUCGGCCUGUAUGGAACGCCAAAAGUAAAAAGUUUCAAACCUAGAGAGAGUAUGAGAAAAAUAGAGAAAUAUGUGACGGAAGUCCAUGGAUUUCAGAUGUUAUAUGCUGACACUUACACCACAAAAGAGGAAUUUCGAAAAAUGUUCAACCACACCUUAUACGACAAACUAAGGACAAAACUUGAAUGCAGAGAGGCAUUCUCGGAAGUAUACGAUAAGGUCUCCCGGGCAGCUAGAUCUUAAUAUCAUUUAUCUAAGAAUAAAUAUAUUUUGUUCUAA